AAAAUACACACAAUGGGUAGAAGGAACAACACGAUCGUGUCUGACUUCAUCCUCAUGGGACUGACAGACUCUGAAGAGGCCCGGCUGGUUCUCUUUCAUCUAUUUCUCCUGAUCUACCUGGUUACUGUGCUGGGGAACGCAGGUAUGAUCCUCAUCAUGCGCCUGGACCUCCAGCUGCACACGCCCAUGUAUUUCUUCCUCAGUCACCUGUCAUUCAUUGAUCUCAGCUACUCAUCAGUCAUUACCUCUAAAACCUUAGAAAACCUAAUUACUCCCUCUAAACAUAUUUCAUUUGGAGGCUGUUUUGCUCAAAUGUAUUUUUUUGUCUUCUUAGGUGGCACGGAAUGUCUUCUUCUCACUUCAAUGGCUUACGAUCGCUAUGUAGCUAUCUGCAAAUCUCUACAAUACCCAGUCAUUAUGUCCACAUCACUCUGCUGCUCCCUUAUCAUUGCCUCCUAUUUGAUUGGGUGUAGUGCAUCCCUUAUUAAUGUGCUUUUCAUGAACACCUUGCAUUUCUGUGACUCCAAUGUAGUGCAUCACUUUUUCUGUGACACCAGCCCUAUUUUAGCGCUGUCCUGCCCAGACACACGUGAUGUUGAGACCUUGAUUUUCAUUCUUGCAGGCUCUUCUUUUGUGGCUUCCCUUAUCACAAUCUUUGUUUCCUAUGCAUGCAUUCUUUCUACUAUCCUGAAAAUCAAUUCCACAUCAGGGAAGCAAAAUGCCUUCUCGACCUGUGCCUCCCACCUGCUGGGAGUGUUCUAUGGUACUGUUAUUUUUACUUAUUUAAAGCCAAGGCGCUCCUACUCCUUGGGAAAAGACCAAGUGGUCUCUGUGUUUUACACGAUUGUGAUCCCCAUACUGAACCCACUCAUUUAUAGUCUGAGGAACAAAGACGUGAAAAGGGCUGUCCUUAGAGUUAAGCAGAAGACGAAGAGCACCAGGCAUUUAAAAUGA